AGCCUCAUGGAUGAAUCGGAGCGAAUACAACAAAUUUUAUUUGGGUUGUAUCCCGCGGCUUAGGUCCUUGUCAUUUCACCGACAGUCCGCGAAGUCGACCAAUCAGAGCGCUCGCUAUUGUUGUUGUGACGUUCGUGGGUGGUCAGUUUCAUGUCGAAAGUAGCAUUCAAUUUCAAUCUGAUGGUUUCCUCUUUGAGGCUUUAUGAAAACUUUGCGUGAAGGUACACAUUCUCUAAUACCGACACCCCGCCAAGCUAAGGAAGCUUUUACCCAAAUGAAACUGCCUGUUUGUUCGAAGUGCGUCAAAGAAACGCUUUUCUAGUGUAGUUUGCCGUGGGAAAUGUGAAAACGUUGUGGAUUUCAAUCAAAGAUGGCGUCCAUUUAUAUUGUGAGUGCUUUGGCUGCAAUAUGUUUGGCGUUGUGUGGAUUGUCGCGCGGAGAAGAUGCAGAUAGCCAGGCGUGUGUUACAGCCAAGCCGUGCAUUUGUUCUGGAACAAGAGUUUCUUGCAAAAACCGCCAACUACAGGGAAUACCUCAGGGGAUUCCUUUGCAAACGACCUCAUUAGAUUUAAGUAACAAUGAACUGAGAACCUUGGAUGUUUCAAAACUUUCGAGACUUACAAAUCUUCAGGAGCUGCUUCUUCACGAGAAUAAGCUCAGGGAUAUCCCACCAUGGCAAUCUCUACCAUCCUCCCUGACUCGAUUAUCACUGCACCACAACAGGAUAACUUCAAUUCCAUCUCAAAAUGUCACUAAGAAACUGUCUUUACAAUAUCUGUUGUUGAGCAGUAAUCGUAUUUCCAGUAUUGGAGUAAAGGCUUUUGCCAACCUAACUUCAGUCCAGUCGCUAAAGCUAAGCAGAAACAGACUCACAUCUAUUCCAGUUCAGGCCUUGAGCCAUUUAACCUCAUUAAAAAAAUUAGACCUCACAAAAAACUUAAUCAGGACAAUUAACAGUCCGCUAAAAAGUUUAAAGUCCAUAGUCAUAUUAAAGCUUUCAAAGAAUAAAAUCAACACAAUUGCACAUUCCUCCCUUUGGGAAAUGAACAAUCUCAGAGAACUGCACUUGGACAAUAAUAAUUUAACAUCUGUUUCCACAUCAUGGUUCAUUGGAGUUUCCGAGCUUCAUAAACUUUACCUGAACAACAAUCAUAUACGUAUAAUUAAUAAACGGCCAGGAGGCAUGGGAUGGAGAGCAUUACUGCUUCUCGGAGAGCUAAAUCUUGCCCAGAAUGAACUUUCUCACAUUGAUGUGACAACAUUUGCCCAUCUUUCAACAUUACAGAGACUAAACCUGGGCAGUAACCGUAUUUAUCACAUGGCAGAGGGGGCAUUUGCUGACUUAAACUCCUUAGUCAUGUUGGACCUGAGCAAUAAUGCGCUUUCAUCAACAGUAGAAGGAAUGAAUGGAGCUUUCACAGGGCUUCAGAAGUUAAUCAUGUUGAGACUUGAUGGAAAUCGUAUCACCUGGAUAGCUGCUAAUGCAUUUUCUGGACUAAAAGCCAUGCAAAGUUUGAAUCUUUCUGCAAAUAUCAUAACAUCUAUUGAGAAGAAUGCCUUCCUGGAAAUGGAGAAUCUUCAGUACCUAUAUUUAAACACAACACACCUUCUUUGUAACUGUGAACUCAGCUGGCUUCCUGUCUGGAUUGAGAGUAAACAGUUCAAGUCAAAUGUACGUGCUCUCUGUCUUCACCCUAAACAACUGGAAAGAAGAAGUAUCUUCAACCUUACCUAUUCAGAAUUUGUUUGUGAUGAGAGUGAUGCUAAACCAGAGAUAAUAAUACACCCAGAAGGGCAUAAAGUGCUCCUAGGUCAGAACGUUACACUGCGGUGUGUUGUCUCACAGAAGAAUCAUACUAUCAGGGUCAACUGGACUAAAAACAACAAGCCAUUGGCGGGGGCUUACAUCAUAAACCAUGCCAAGUCCAAAGAUGGAGAAACAGCAACAUACACCAGUGAGCUAAACCUGGUAUCAGUGACAGAUAAAGACAAUGGAUAUUAUCAGUGUGUGGCAUCCAAUCACUUCACACCUGUCUCAUCUAAAAUGGCGCACAUCACAGUGUUAGUGUUUCCUAAGCUUAUAGAGAAACCAUCCAAUGUGUCUGUUGUGGCAGGCAAAACAUUUGAACUGCACUGCCAAGCUCAGGGUCAGCCUGAACCUGUUCUGUCAUGGCAGAAGGAUGGAGGGACAAGUUUUCCUGCUGCAGAUGACAGAAGGAUGGAUUUUGUACCUGCAAGUAAAGUGUAUGUGAUCAGAAAUGCUCAGCCUGGGGACACUGGAAAAUACACCUGCAGUGCUAAGAAUGAAGCUGGUUUUGUUAAUGCCACAGCUUUUGUUACUGUGCUCGAACCACCGCAUUUCGUGCGUCCCAUGAGGAGUGAAGUUGUGGUGUCCAUUGGUGAUAGUGUUGUGUUGCAGUGUGUGGCCAGCGGUGCUCCGAUGCCUUCCAUUCUUUGGAUCAAAGAUGGUAAUAUAGUUGUAAAAAGCAGUCAUGUUGUGUUUGCCGAGGCAGGACAGUUCCUGGUGAUCGCUGAGGCAAAGGAAGAAGACAGGGGGGAUUAUGCUUGUGAAGCUACAAACUCCCAAGGAACUGUUAGACAAAGAACGCAGCUGUUUGUAGAAACAGAGAAAAGCACUGACGUUUCUGUAACGGAAAAGGCGAACAAAUCGAAAUACGUGAAAUACGACAAGAAGACAUUCCUGGGAAUCAUUGUUGUUGUUGUGGUGUCGUGUAUUGUGGUAACCUCAAUGGUUUGGCUAUUUAUUCAUUACAAUACAGUCUCGUGCGGAAAAAAGAAGUCUCCAAAACGGCGUCCUCAACACGUGUCACAUUUUGAAGGGGAAUGUUUGGAUGACUCGAAUGCCAAGGCUUUCCAACAUGAAGGCAUUAGCUACAUUCCUUUGAAGUCAUCGAGUUCAAGUAGCACACAAAAUAGUCGCGAAUCGCCGAGAUCAACGGCAACCUUCCUGACGUCUUCCGAGUCUGCGCAAGGACCGUGUAUGAACCUCGCGUCAAGUUCGGAAAACGCUUCGGGUUCUGAAGAGAAAUCGUCCACAGUGGAAAACAUCUCCUCAGAAAACUCCUUUAAAGGCAGCCAUAGUUCUUUGACAUCUUCUUGUCAAUCAGAUGCAUGUCUUCCCAGUUAUCAGCAGGUUGUGACUUCAGCGCAAAUUCAUGUUUCUGAUAGUGACUCUGAGAAACAGAGACCGACUACAGCUGGGUCUAGAAGGAAAAAAUCUCAAACCGAAGAUCCAGGUGGAGGCCUUGGCCAACUCAAACUAGACAUUUCUAAAAGUACUAAUUGCCACAAAGAGACUUCGUUACCUCAGAGACCAUUGCCAACAAAUGGCGACAGCGAGGCUUCUCCAGUUGAUGUGAAUAAGGACGUUUCCGUGACAAUUUAUCAGCUCACAAGCACGGACACCUCUUGCGUGACGGAUGGUGUAAACUGUUCAUCGACAGAAACAUAGUAUUCUUUGUCUUUACAUAUAUGUAUAUACCUAUGUGUGCAGCAGCGCAGAAGUCGCGCGGAAGCCACUCGAUGAAGUUCUCUACGUUUGUUUACGAUAUUCGCAGACGCUCAUUUCUACACUUGACUUAUUCAUUGACUAAGCAAAUUCAUAGAAAGCUUCAUUGCUUGGUAAUGGUGCGACGGAUUGUAUUCAAGAUGUACACUGCUAAAGGAGUCUAGGGUCUUUUACGCGUGGUUCUUGUAUCACGAUAUUUUUCGUCAUUAGAAAGCAACAUGCUACGACUAGAGCCGACUUCUUUUGCAGACUGUUGGGAGUUAAAUUUUAACUGAAAAGACUAGAAGACGACUUCGAUUGGAGUUUGAGUAAGGAUUUAACAUGUCAUUGCAAAAUGGAUGUAGUAAUAUAAUAUAUUGUGCAUUUUGUAUAUAGGAAACUCAAUUUUUUAUUCCUACGACAGAUAUUUACACUUUCUAUUUGAUACUCAUCAUCUAGAUAAGUGUUUUGUGGAAAUGAAAUUUACCACAUUAACAAAGAUGGCAAGGAAAAUUUCGUACAAAGUACUCCUUUUCCACUGAGGACACUCGAACCAUGUACCUUUUGGUAUUUUUUGCCCUUUUUUUCAGUGACUGCAACAUGAGGGAUCUUCAUGGUAUGUUAAUACAGUAGUAGCACUUUUACACUGCAAUUUUACAUCAAUGAAGAGCCCUCAUUCUAUAGUCCUCCGAAAAAUGUAUAAAAAAUGUCAAGUGUUCAUACUGCUAGUGUUCCAAGGUAGUUUUUGUCAUUUGGAACUCGAAACCUUUGGUGAUGCAUAGAACUUAUGAGUACUUUUACUCAUGAAAUCAUCAACUUGUUUUGCAGCUAUCACUAUACACCCUUUUAGCUUGUGUGGUUUGUUUCCCCAUUACAGACCACGUGAUAUUUUCAAGAGAAUUUUUCUUUCAUCCAUCUAAAAAUUAUUCCUUUAUAUACGCACG